AUGAGGGCCGAUAUAGCAAAAUUGGCAAAUCAGAUGAAUAGAAUGACAAUGCAACAAACACAACAGAUGCAACCUGUACAACAGAUGUCUAUUUGCUGCGAACUAUAUGGUAAUUGUCAUAUGAGUGACAUGUGCCCCACGAAUCCUAAAUCCAUAUACUAUGUGGGGCAACAGAGCAGAGGUCCAAUAAAUCAGCAUGCACAAUAUGGGAACACGUACAAUCCAAAUUGGAACAAUCAUCCCAACUUCUCAAGGGGUGGAAAUCAGCCGAAUCAAAAUCAUUAUAGACCCCAAGGAAAUUUCAAUCAACCUCAGAAGCCACCCAACAAAUGGAAGAGACUCAGGACCGAUUUCAGAAAUCUUGAGAGGCAAAUGGGGCGGUUAGCAGCAAAUCAAAAUACUAGACCUGCAGGCGCUCUCCCCGGUGAUACAGAGAAGAACCCUCAAGUUAAUGCAGUUACACUUAGAAAUGGAAGGGAACUAGAGGAAAUUCAAUUGAAUAUUCCAUUGGUGGAUUUGCUUCGUGAAAUUCCAAAGUAUGCUAAGUACAUAAAAGAUAUAGUGGCUCAGAAGAGGAGAUUGACUGAGUUCGAGACAGUUGCACUUACUGAGGAGUGCACAUCAAGGGUCCAAAACAAGCUUCCUCAAAAGCUCAAGGAUCCUAGCAGCUUCACUAUCCCUGUGCAAAUUGGUAUGGGAGCUCCAAGACCAACUAUUGUGAUGUUGCAGCUAGCUGACAGGUCCAUAGCACACCCUGAGGGGGUGAUUGAAGAUGUGUUGCUGCAAAUUGGGAAAUUCAUCAUCUCUGUGGACUUCAUUAUCCUAGAUUAUGAGGCUAAUGAACUGCAACUUCUUGACACGAGUGUAUAUCUAGACGGUUCUCUAGAGAAAGCACUUAUGUUGUCCGAUAGCUUGGAGAAUGAUGAUGAGGUUGAGGAGAUGAUGCAUAUCCUUGAUGCAUCCUGUGCUUACAUGCAGAGGAUACACCCUUUUGAGCCCCUGAAUAGGCCGAGUAGGCCUCCUCCAAAGCUGUCAAUUGAGAAAGCUCCAUAA